CUUCACAAGCCCAUCAGACGACAGCAGAACAGUACAGACAGGGAGCCAAACUCCCAGUAUCAAGAUAAAAGUGCAAGUAAAAUUUAACAACGAUGGGAACAUCUUUCCACUUACUUGUGGCUUUCGCUGUUGCUUUAUGCACAGCAUCCCUGGCAACAGCACAGGAUGAUUACGAGUUCUACUACGACUACGACAAUUUGUUGUCGUUCUUCUCGACAUCCGAACCCCAAGGCCCGGUGAACACACCAGUGUGGGGCCCAUGGUCUGGGUUCGGACCCUGCAGCACAUCCUGUGGGGGCGGCAUCCAGUCUAGAUCUCGAACCUGCAGCACAGGAAACAACAAAGACUGCACAAACCAAACUUCCCUUGCUGUGGAGAGUCAGAAGUGUAAUACACAGGACUGCCCAAAAACAAACGCCCCAUCUAACAACACUUCAAGCAAUGGUCAAUGCGGACAAGCGAACAACUUCCGAAUUAUCGGUGGCUCCAAGUCCGCUAGCUGCGAGUACCCGUGGAUGGUGGUGGUUUUCGACCACAAGAACGGCUUCCUCUGUGGAGGGUCCAUCAUCGACGAGAGCACGAUCCUCACAGCUGCCCAUUGUGUGGCGAACAAGAACUCCCAAGGAAAGGAAGUUCCUUCAGCCCCGUCUGACAUGGCCAUCUAUUCCGGCUCUUCCAAGUUUACUCUUGACUCCCCUCCACCCCCCGGUCUUCGUGCCAACAGUGCCAGCAAGAUCAUCGUGCACGAGAAAUACAACGUGAGCGGCUACCUUGAUAACGACAUUGCCCUAAUCAAACUGAGCAAACCUCUGACCUUGGACCGGUGCCAGCGUCCAGUAUGUCUGGUGGACGGCUCUAAGACACCACAGCCCCCCCCCCCCCUGAACACAGACCAUCUUGAAACUACAGCGCGUUCAAAACCAAGCUACGGCCCAGACGCCGAGUCACCGGACGACAUGUUCUGGGCUGCAGUGAGCAUCACCUCCGACAAAGCGUGCGAGGCAGAGUACGGACGUUACGGUACUGUCACUGCUAUGUGCGCCAUGGGAAAUAAUGAGGGUUCAUGUCAGGGUGACUCUGGCGGUCCUGUGGUGUGCAAGGAGGCAGAUGGACGGUACUACCAAUACGGCAUCGUCUCUGGUGGCCGGGAGAACAAGUGCGCCAAAGUUAUCGGCAUCUACACUAGAGUCAGUGCCUUCCUCACCUGGAUUAACAAGCAUCGCAACUAG